AAAAAAAUAAAAUAAAAAAUACAAUCCCUCUCUGCUUCUCUCUCGCUUUCUCGCUCCGCAUGAGAAGCCUUGCGGCGGAGAUACAAAGUCUCCGGCCACCGAACCACCCUCUCCGGUUCCUCUCCGUUCAAUGUCGAUUUCUCCGCCCUCAGGACCAUACACUCCUCAUCCCCAGCCGCAGCCGCAAACGUUCGAUUCCCCGCCGCUCCCUGUCAUCCUCACCGUCAUCCUCCUCGUCUUCUUCUUCAUCGGCUUCUUCAUCCUCUAUUUCUGCAAGUGUUUCCUCGAAACCCUGAUGCAGGCCUGGUGCCUCCACCGCAACCCGCCGGAGAAUGUUGUCCGGCCGCCGGAAGUCGCCGUCAACAACGGUCUCGACCCGCAAAUCAUCCGCUCGUUCCCCUCGUUUCCGUACUCCUCCGUCAAAGAUCUACGGUCCGAGAAGUACGGACUCGAGUGCGCGAUCUGUCUGUUGGAAUUCUCGGACGAGCAUGUGCUCAGGCUGCUCACGACGUGUUACCAUGUCUUUCACCAAGAAUGCAUCGAUCUCUGGCUCGAGUCUCACAGAACAUGCCCAGUUUGCCGGCGAGAUUUGGAGUCUUCGUCUUCACCGGCGGCGCCGGAGAACGAAGAGACGUUACGCAACGAGGAGAUCAUCAUCGACGUUAUACAAGAAAACGGCGAAGACAACGACGUCGUCGGCGAGGUUCGGAUUGAACAGAGAAGCGAUAAAUCGAAGAAGGGGUUACGAUCCUUGCCGGAGAAAUUCCCGAGAUCGCAUUCGACGGGUCAUUCGAUAGUGAGGAACAAGCCGGAGGAAGAAGAUCGGUACACGCUGAGAUUGCCGGAGCACGUGAAGAUUAAGAUCGCGAGAGGCCAUAAUCAAACCGAGAGUUGCAUCACCUUCGGUGAACUCACCAGAAACAAUGGCUGUCCUUAUCGCCGGUUCGGUGAGGUCUCAGGACAAUCUCACACAACCCUGUGGGAAACUUAACGACGAAGAAACACUUUGCAUCAGUUUAUACUCUUUGUUUUGUUGUUAUUGCUGUUGUAUUCAUCAUUCCCGGAUGUGUCAUAGGUAGACAAAUUAAAUCGAAAAUAAAUUGCAGAUAGUUAAUUUUUUUUUUAUACAAGGAAAU